AUGGCUCACCUUGAAAACGCGCUCCCAUUAGCUCUUUUAGGCAACCUCGCUUUCCUUACUCUCAUUUUCGCUUCAUGGAACAUCAACACGGCACCGUCAACACCUGCAUCCUCGAUCUUUAUCGCGUUCGAGAGCUCAUUGUUCCUUCUAUGUAUCAUAUUUGCCCUAGCGGAAUUUUUUCGCCCUAGACAUCAGAUUUCCCGCACUUUCAUAGAAUGUGGUUGGGUGGGGUUAAUGAGUUUCUUCCAGUUAGCUGGAGCCCUCAGUGCCACCGUCAACGGUCUUGAUGCAUGCCACCCGAAUCUCAACGAGUUCAAUGGUGUUGAAUCUAUUUCUAUAACCAAUUCGGGCGCAUGCACGUCUUCUCUGCUCCUAGUGCCAUCGUCAUGGCUCAGUAGCGUUCUUUCUCUCGCAUAUUUCUUGACAUUGGCUAUUUCAACCCUCGUUCACAAAGACUCAUAUCCCCAUAUCUGGAGGCAAACCGUAUACACGAUAGAUUGGUUCGGACAAAAUCGCGCAUCUCCGAACAAAGAUAAAGUUGUUCGGGACUUCUUCCAAACCAAACCCUAUUCGGACGACGAAGAUCCAUACAGUGCCUUCUACGAGGAUAUCGAGUCUACUUCUGGGAGAAAGAAAGCGUAUCCCAUUCGUGAUUCGAUUGAGGAAUCGACCCCAUGGGCACCGACGAAUAUUCGCCGCGGCAUUGACCAUCCGUUUGCCAGACCGCAAGGCUCAGCCUCGUCUACUCGUACCUCUCCUACUUUGAACCCCAUCGCGCACACGUCCUUCGACUUGAGCUUCCCAUCGUUCCCGGACCGCACUGCAGGCGUUGGUGUCGCAGGCUCACGAUACGUUGAGAAAUUCCGCGAGUCUGGAGUUUUGGCGAGGUCGGAGAGCCCGGCCCAGUACACAACGCAUUACCAUGCGCACAAGAGCUCUUUCCCACUGUCUGUUACAGACGAUGACAAGCCUAUUCCUCUUCCCCGACUAUCCGAAUGGAUCAGAGCUGAUCCCAUACGCCUCUGA